GAAAUUUACUAUUUUCGUUGUAAAAUAAUGACGGAAAUCAAGAAUGCUCUAUUAAACGCAUUGUUUAGAAAAGAGUGCAUGUGCUGUUUAUGUUUUAACACAGUAGACGACGCUGCAAUCCAUGUAGAAGACGAAGUAGUGUUGAAAACAAAGAGUAUAACGAAUCAGUUAGAGCUCUCGGAAGUUCUAAGUUUUGUUCUCGGGAAUGAGGUCAAUGGAAUCCUCGCUUUCAACACAGUUUGCAAAGACUGUGCAAUAAUAGCAUUAAAUUGCUACACAUUCAUCAAAAAAUGCAAAGAAAAUAUUCACAAUUUACAUAAAGCUGUAACAAAUUUAGAUAAUAAUAUAUCGCAUGAUGUAGAACAUGUUUAUUGCAAGUCAAUAUUUAUUUCUUUUAAUGAAGAUCUAACAACUCGUGACUUUUUUGAUUAUAAGAGGCCUGCUUAUUCAGCUACAGCUCUCUUAAAGAGGUUUCAAACACUUUCUAACAUAGGAAAUGAUAAAAGCGAAUCACAAGAUGUCAAGAAUGAUGAUUUAGAUUAUUUUGAACUUGAUACAGAACCAGUAACCAAAAAUAAGAAACAUAUAAGUAAACCUCGGAAAAAUACAUUACCAAAAGAAGUGAUAUUACACAAGGAUAGUACACAUUUGUCUUAUAAAUGCAGUGGAUGCCUUAAAAUUUUCCAGACAUUAGAUUAUUUGCGGCAGCACUAUCUCAGGUUACAUGCACCGAAAACAUUUAAAUGCCCUCAAUGUGAGCGCAGCUACGCUUCGUACAGACUACUCAAACAACAUUUAAAAGACAAUCAUCAGACAGUUGUAUGUGUUGAAUGUGGAAAAACAUACAAAAACCGUUACAGUUUAAAGCAGCAUGAACUCUCUCACAGACUAAGAUUUGUCUGCCAAAGUUGUGGUCGUGUCUACAAAAAUAAGGACACAUAUAAACAGCAUAUUGAGUAUGGAAUCUGCGGCCAAUCUACUAGAAAAUCGGCAACAGAAGGCAUGUUCAAAUGUGACAUUUGCAACAAACAGUUUUCUCGUAAGAACACAUUGCGGGUUCACAUUCAAUUUGAACAUACAAACACAGGGCAGCAACAUGUGUGUAGUUGGUGCAACAAGAAGUUCAGUUGUCAAAGCAGAUUGAAAGCACAUACUGUUAAGCAUACGCAGGAAAAGAAUUUUAGCUGUGAUAUUUGUGGGGGUAAAUUUGUGACCAAAGAGUCUCUACUUUACCACACUCGUAUACAUACAGGUGAAAAGCCAUAUAAGUGUUCAAUCUGUGACUUGAGGUUCUUGUCCUCGUCUCGUCGGUCAGAGCAUGUGAGACGUCAGCACAUGGACCCGGCGCUGACUUGUGACAUUUGUAAGGCCAAGUUUAGAAGUCAUUCCUGCCUGUUGAAGCAUAAGCAGAGACAUGCAAACCCGAAUAGCAGGUUAUUUGCCGAGGGGAAGCCUCAGGAUGAUGAAGAGGACUAUUGUAUCAAGAAUUAAGUUUUUAUUGCAACUAACACAAGUUAUAUGAGAAAAUUGGCGAAUUGGUAUUUUAUACAAGGACAACCUAAUAAAUUAUUGUAUAGUAAAUAUUAUAAUCAAGCAGAAGCCAUUAUGAGGAACCUCUAAUUAUCAUUUUGUGUAAAUAACUUUUCUUAUUACCUUAAUUUUGUAUUUAUAUUCUAAUAUUUGUAAAUACAUUUAUUUAAUAUAAUCAAAAAUAAAAAGUUGUGAUCAGUUUGAUAAUGUUUUCAUUUGAGAUGCAUUGGCAUUUUGGCGUGAUAUGUUAUAGUUAUUUAAGUACCUUUUUAUAAAAUAAUAAAAAAUCGUUUGUGAACUGCAUGAACUGUAUUUUUUCUUUCUGGAACAUAAUAAUUGCUCGAUAGACAUGCAUGUCAAUACAGAAAACCACGUUACAAAUCGGUCACACAACCCAGCCUUGGAACGGUAAUUCCAUUAUGGUCAUUUUGCCCUUUUGUAUCAUAUUGUCUAAAACGUGGCUUGCAUCCAUGAGUGCC